GUCACUUAUAAAAGUGAUAAUGGCAGUCGUGUGGUGGAUGAUGAUUUUUGUUGUUGUCAGUUAAAAUGCAACAAUUACCGGAUCAACAAUUAUUAGUAGAGUGUAUAAAACAGAAAUUAAUAUAAAAUGAAGUUUCAUAAUUUUAUCUACGAGGAUAUAACGAUUUGAAGGUACUAGAAAUUGACCCAUAUUUCGUUAUCAAUUGUGACGUUGACAUUUGACAGGUGGUUACUGACAUCCACCUUUAAUCCUUAUCAAUAAAGAAAAAAAAGCUGCACUAUGUUCGCUAGUUUGAAGAACAAAAUAAGAGAAGAAAUUGGAAGUGACGUUUCUACAGUUGUCAGAAAUGCAGGAAGUGUCAGAGGAAUUAAUUCCAAACUUUUGUCCCAGACAGGAUCAACCAGUAGUGUCAGUGGAUCUCAGAUAUCUCUAGACGAUUCUCGAGAUGAAAAUCCUAUUUCGUCUUCGCCGCCGAUAUCGUUAAAACGUGAGAACAGUUUUGAUUUUAAAUUGACCGAUGGCACACAACUUUCUUCCAAAGAUGUUAAAAAAUUUGAGAAUAGAGAAGACGAAUGGCGACGGAGACUUCAGAAAAAGGAAACUGAAUUGCUCAAACGAAUGGAAAAACGAGAUGAGGAAUGGAGAAUAAAGAUACAAGAGAAGGAAAAAGAAUGGAAGAAAAUAGUUGAAAAACAAGAAAAAGAAAAGGCGAAAAUUGAAGAGGAAAAAUUGAGAGCAGAAAAUGCGAGGCGUUCAUUGGAAUUGUCUUUAAAUGAAGCAGAAGAAUACAAAAAGAAAUUGUACUCUUUUCAAGAAGAUGCUGAACAAUUAGAAGGUUUUCAAACUCAAGAAAUGGCCAAAAUCAAGCACCUUCUUUUAGCCAAAGAACAAGAAGUGGAGGAGAAGUCACACCAUUUAAAAUUCGCAAUGACCGAAGUGGAUAAUUUAAAAACAGAAGUUUCCCGUCUACGAAGAUACGAAGACGAGUUAAAUAAUGUUCAAGACGAAAUGGAAACAUUGCGGCAUUCAACGCAAAGAGAGAAGGCACAACUUUCGGGUCAAUUGGCACAAACCGAGGAAGAAGUUCGUCAUUUGAAGGAUAAAGUUUUUGUUUUAGAGCAACGCGUGGCCUUAGAUUCAAAUGAUCAAUUAACGGUUGAUGAACGAAUUGCCGACCUAAUGAGGGAGAGAACACUUCUCGAGAGAAAAUUGGAAGAGACACAUUUACAUUUGUCCGAUAUUAAAACAAGUUGGUCGGGAAAAAUUUCAAGUCUUGAGACACAAGUCGGCAGAUUGAGUAGACAGGCAGGUGAAGAGGGUUUGGAGAGGAGGCGAGUCGAAGAGGAAAAGGAGAAAUUGAAGCAAAAAAUAAAGCAACUCGAGAGUGAAAUUGAGGUGAACAAUGUGGUAAUGGCGACAAAAGACGCCAAGCUUUUGCGCAUGGCCGAGGACAUCGACGAGAUGGCCACGGAACUGAAAGAGCUCCGGGCCAACGUCGAUGAUGAGGUCGAAGAAUUUAAACAACAAAUUGAAGCAUCGUCGAAGGAAGUGGAGGGACUCAAAUCGCAAAUUGAAGAAAUGAACGGAAAAUUUGAAUUGACAAAUUCUGAAUUAUCACAUUUGAGAUUAUCAUUGGAAGAUGAGAGGACAAAUAAUUCGUCACUUCAUUUAGAAAUGGCUCGUCUAAGGGAGAAUUUAGAAUCUGAGAAGACUUCGUCAGGAACACUUCGUGUGUGUUUAGAAAAGGAGCGGAACGAAAAGGAUUCGGCUCUAUUGAGAAUUGCUCGAAUUUCCCAGGAAAUGCAACUUGUUCAACAAGACAGUUGUCAACAGGAAACUGAAAAUGUCGAACUUCACAGUAAACUUGAGAAAUUGGAAAAUAUUUUAAAAGUCAAGGAAAAAGAUAUUGAGGAUUCAUUGAAAAAGCACGAGGAAACAAAUAGAAGAAUUCAAGAAUUAGAUGAUGCUGAACGAUCCAGAGAGAGACUGGAGGGAAAUGAGAAGGUGCUGAAAACAAGUCUUUCCGAUAUGGAGGAACAACUUCAAGAAAAAACCAAGACAAUUAAAGUUUUGCAACAACGAUUGGCUGAUAUGAAAAAAACUCUUCAACGGGAAUUAAGAGUGCCAUCAUCGUCAUUAGACAGUGAUGUUGAGUCAUCAGUGGCUGUAUUGAGUCCCAGUUCAUCGAAAACAGUCACCUCGAAGCAAACUAAUUCCAGGGAAGACGAUAUCAACUUCAAAUAUCUGAAACACGUUCUUAUUAAGUUUCUAACCAGCAGAGAAUACGAAGCUCUCCACUUAACAAGAGCGGUGGCGACACUUCUUCAUUUUUCCCCCGAGGAAGAAAGACUAUUGCAAGAAACUUUAGAAUGGAAAAUGUCUUGGUUCGGAACAAGGCCAAAUUUGGGUUUCGGACAAACAGCAAAAGCCAUUCCACCAAGUUGAUAAGAAAAGUAAUAAACUUUUUAGAUAGUGAAAAUUUUUCCAAAACGAUAGUUCGAGAGUGAGUCUUACAAAUACCAAAGUAAAUUUACUUGAAUUUAGAAUCUCCAAAAAAAGACAGAAAAAAAAUUGGAAAACUUUACUCUAAUAAAUAGAAAAUAUUGUCUGAAUAUUAGCAUUUUUAUGCUUUUCUAUAAAAAGGGAAAAUAUUGUAUAAGAUACUAGAAUUUUUCAUACUUUUCAAAGUUCGUUAAAUUUCAAUUUUACGAUAAUUUUCAAAUAAAAGAAUUUUUCCAAAACCCAAUUUUUAAAUUUGUAUAACGUAAAAAGCACAAAGAGUAAAGUGCUAUUUGUUGUAUAUCUAUUUUCAAUGUAAUUAUUAAGACUUAAAAAAAGUAAUUGAGGGAACUAAUUAACUUAAAUGAACGUUAAUAUAUUUAUAAAAUGGAAUAGUGUAAAAGAAAUAAUUGUAUUGCAAUUCUUUUUUAAAUGUCUCUUGUCAACGAGUUUUUAAUUUUCCGAACAAAAAUAAGUUAUUUUGUGUUAAUUAUUAUAAAUGUAGAUGGAAUUAUGUGAUAUUGAUUAUAUUGCCAGUCUCUGUGUAGAAUUGAAUUUUAGGGCUCAUUAAUAUAAGACUCGCAAAUCUCAAAAACAAAAUAAGUAUUAAGUCGCGCUAGUACAAUUAGAUUUAAUAAAAAUUAAUUAGUGCAUUAUGGUAUCAGACACGUUCUGCCAUUUAUAUCAAAAACUCCAGUAGAAAACUGAUAGAGAAUGACAGUGAAUUGAAAAUAGGGAGACACGUUGAUCGUGUCUUUUUUGAAAAAAGGUAUAAAAUUGUGCCUAAUCCAAAAAACGUCAUACUGCGUAAUAAUUAUAAUAAUUAAAUUAAUCAAUUCUCAAAUUGUAUAUUAUCGAUUAUUAAAAAUACUCUUAACUUA